GAUCCAAUAACGAGAUAUAUGCAAUGAUGACGUCAUGAACUCGAUACCGAGAAACAUAUAACCCCAGUAAGUUUCUGGCGUUUAAAAAUAAUUUUAACAGGAGACCCCACCGUUUCUCAUGAUGCAACAUCAGUUAAUAUUUUCAAGAGAAGAUUCUUUAUAAAAAGAACGGUCGUUGAUCAUUCAAUUUCAUUUUUGCUGGAAAGUAUAUGUCUGAAAAACAUGAAAUUAAAAUUGUGAAGAAAACCGCGGCGUUGAAAAUAAAAAACAUGUUAUGAAAAAAUAAAGUUAUAGCACUGGAGGAUUUAAAAGGAAAAAUAAAAUAGUGGGAAUGAUUGUCAAUAAAAAAAACUUCAGCGCAAACAUACCAAGUAAAUAUUAGUAUACAGACAACUCUAGCGAACAUUAUAUAAAUACUGUUGACAAGCAUACACCAGGAGUCACUGUAAUUUGUGAUAAUGUCGUUGCACCUCAAUUGUCUGCUACUUUUUAUAUCAAGUCAAGGAAGUCUUCAUACAAUUUCGUCAUUUGUUGAUGGACUUGAUACAAACCCUGACACUUAUCUACUCACACCAGAGCUGGCAUCAAAAUAUGGUUAUCCACUGGAGGCUCAUAAAGUUAUAACUCAAGAUGAUUAUAUUCUGGAAAUGCAUAGGAUUCCAAUUGGACGAAAAUUUGGUAGAAAUAAUAGGUUACCGAUUCUAGUUCAGCACGGAUUAGGUGGUAGUUCAGCUGACUGGGUUCUUUCUGGUCCUAAGAAAGCUUUAGCUUACAUCUUGGCUGACGAAGGUUACGAUGUCUGGUUGGGAAACAAUCGUGGGAAUAUCUAUUCAAGAAAUCAUCGUCAUAUGCAGCCAAACAACCGAACAUUUUGGGAUUUUAGUUACCAUGAGCUGGGAGUCUAUGACAUGCCAGCAAUGAUUGAUCAUAUUUUACUGACAACGGGGCAUUCAAAAAUAUUAUUUAUUGGUCAUUCCCAAGGUACAACGCAGUUCUGGGUUAUGACCUCGGUAUUACCUGAGUACAACACAAGGAUCGCCCUAGCUGUUGGCCUCGCGCCCGCAGCCUAUACUGGUCACCUGCGAGGCCCAGUUACACAACUCACUAAGUUGACAUACUUUGGUGUGUCUGUCGGUGAAAAAUAUGGCUAUCCAGAAUUUGGCUCACGUUCAGCAUGGGGUAAAUUUGUAUCAAAUUUAUUUUGUCACGAAGGAGCACCUACGCAGUUUAUUUGUAGCAAUAAAUUAUUUAUGGUAGCUGGUUUUAGCCGUGGAGAAUUAAAUAUGGCUAAUUUAACUGUUAUUAUUGGACAUGUGCCUGCUGGAGCAUCUUGGAAGCAAUUCGUACACUUUGGCCAGGGUUAUAUUAAUCCAGGAACCUUCAAGGCAUUUGAUUAUGGUGAGUAUAAUAAUAAAAAUAUACGCCUUUACAAUUCAUCAAUUCCACCAGAUUAUCAACUUGAAAAAAUAACAGCACCUAUCGCGCUCUUCAGUAGUGAUAAUGACUGGCUAGCAACACCAGAGGAUGUUAAUAUGUUAAGAUCGAGGUUAAGUAAUGUCAUACUAGACUUUAAAGUACCGCCAAAUACCUUUAAUCAUUAUGAUUUUCUCUGGGGAAAUUCAGCUCGUCAAUUACUUUAUAAGCCAGUGCUUGGAUUACUCGAAAAAUAUCAGUAAUUAAGGCUAUAUAAAGAAUGGACAAGAAGAAGUAUUUUGUUCAUAAAAUGAGUAUUUCAAAAAAAUAAAAAUUAAUGUAAGCAUUAUAUAUUUGUUAAUAUCUAUGAGAAAAUGUUUUUUUUUAUGAAGAAUUAUUGACUUUAACAAAUAUAUAUUUUGAAUUAUAUCUAGUCAUGUGAUACCGAACUAUAUAUAAAUACGCAUUGCUUUUAAAUGUGGAGAAAUACUAAUCAACAUAAUUUAAAAAAAAUUGACAAAUUAAAAAAAAAAUCCUGAUGUACAUCUAUAUUGUUUUCGUCGACUUAAUGGUGAAAUGAUUAAUUAA